GGAACGCCGCCAAAGGCCGCAGGGCCUUGUGGGAAGGGUAGUUCCUUUGGCAAGAUGGCGGCCUCACCGGCCCAGGAGCCCAUGCUGAGGAAGCCGCCGCCGCCUCCGGUUCCUCGGGAGUCGGAUGAAAACGGCUGCGGAAACUGCGUCCCCGAGGACCCAGUUGAAGAAACCGCUGACUCGCCUUACUUGCGCGCCCGUCGUAAGUUGGAGAACCUCCUGAACAAGAGCCUGCGGAUUCGUAUGACGGACGGACGGACCCUGGUGGGCUGUUUCUUGUGCACUGACCGGGACUGCAACGUCAUUUUGGGUUCUGCCCAAGAAUACCUGAAACCCACUGACUCCUUCUCAGCGGGAGAACCUCGAGUGCUGGGCCUAGCGAUGGUUCCCGGGCAUCACAUUAUUUCCAUCGAAGUCGAGUUGGAGAGCCUGAACUCCUUACAGUACUUCUGAAAGGGCCCGUCGCUGGAAAGCAGCCGCGUCUUGAGACGUUUUCCAAACACAAGAAGGAGACAAGAGAAGAUUUAUUU